CAAUUUCGGCUCGAAGCUAUUAUUAACUAGCUAAAAUUCACAAUUUGAUUUGUUUUUUGGAUUUCGGCUCAAUUUUGCUCCAAAAAACGAAUAUUUUUGCUUAGAUAAUAUGAAAUGAUUAGAUCUCAUGAAAGGUUAUUUUAGACAACAUAUGCCUUUACCAAUAACAAUUCACAGGUUCUCGUGAAACGACGUCGCACAUUCUCCUUGGACCUCUCGCACACACUCCGUACACUCGACGACAGUAAAACAAAAAACCACGCGUAAAAGCAGCCAGAAUACCUUAAAACGACGCCGUCCCACACGCGCUCUCCGCUCUCGAGUCGGAGUACAAGAUCGACGACGAGGAGGAGGAGGAGGAAAAAGCGCUGUGUUGAGCACCGCGUGAGAAACCCGAGACGCUGAACUCCGGCAAUGUCUGCGCCGCUUGUGCCGUCGCCGCCGCUGGUGGCUGGUCCGCCCCCGACGUGGCCUCCGUCGCCGCCUCUGGUUGAAUUUCCGUCCCCGACCUCGUCUCCGCCGCCAUUUCUUCCGCUCGGUCCACCGACUCCCACGGUCGUGCUGUUUCCGCCGCCCUAUCCCCAGAACGGCACUCCACCGACGGCGGCCGGCGGGCCCUCCUCGAGAUCGGGCGGCAGUGCGGCAUUGUUGGCGCUAGGUGUGGGGAUAGGGAUAGGCGGGGCGAUUGUGCUGGUCUGCGUGGGCAUUUUCGUCAUUUGCUACAGAAGGAGGAAGAGGAAGCGCCUCGAAAUGGACGGAUUUGCUGAUGCUCCCAGGCGGCCGCGAGGUCCCAAAGAUGAUCCUCACUGGGGCCCACACAACCCCGAUCAGCCUAACUCAUCAUCAACCAGUGAUCAUCAUGGAUUGCCAAAGCCCGCUCCUCAAUCGGGCCUUUCAUCUAAUUCUCACCCUGAAACUGGAAUGGCCUGUACAAAAACAACCUUCACAUAUGAAGAACUUGCUCUGGCAACUGAUAAUUUCUCAGGCACCAAUCUGCUUGGUCAAGGUGGGUUUGGAUAUGUUCAUAAGGGAGUUCUUUCUGAUGGAAAAGAGGUCGCGAUUAAACAAUUGAAGGUCGGAAGUGGUCAAGGAGAACGAGAAUUUCAGGCAGAAGUCGAGACCAUAAGUCGUGUUAAUCACGAGCAUUUAGUAUCGCUGGUUGGUCACUGCAUUUCAGGGACUCAGAGGUUAUUAGUAUAUGAAUAUGUUUCCAAUCGAACCUUGGAGUUUCACUUACAUGGUAAAGCCACAACAGGUAAGGGGAGACCUCCUGUAAACUGGGCUACUAGGAUGAAAAUUGCCAUGGGCUCCGCGAAAGGAUUGGCAUAUUUGCACGAGGAAUGUCAACCUAAGAUAAUACAUCGUGAUAUCAAGUCUUCUAAUAUUCUUCUUGAUGAUAAUUUUGAGGCAAAGGUUGCUGACUUUGGGCUUGCUAGGCUCUAUUCAGAAACUGAUACUCAUGUAUCCACUCGAGUAAUGGGAACUUUUGGUUAUUUAGCUCCUGAGUAUGCUCUUACUGGAAAGCUGACCGACAAGUCAGAUGUCUUCUCAUUCGGUGUUGUUCUGUUGGAGUUAAUCACUGGACGAAAACCUAUUGACAAAUCACAGAACUACCUAGAUGAUAAUAUCAUUGAUUGGGCAAGGCCUUUGCUAACACAGACUCUUGAAAAUAACAACUUCGAUAGUGUGGCCGAUCCAAAGUUGCAGAACGAUUAUAACUCUGAAGAAAUGGCUCGGAUGGUUGCUUGUGCUUCUGUCUGUGUUCGCCAUUUGGCUCGGCGUAGGCCACGAAUGAGUCAGAUAAUCCUUGCUCUCGAAGGAAAAUUACCACUAGAAGAACUAAAAGAGGGCAUCCAGCCUGGACAUAGUGGAGUAUACGACUCGUAUGGGAGCUCGGAUUACGAUGCCUCUUACGACACAAUGCACUACAAAGAGGAUUUGAUGAAAUUCAGGAAAAUGGCCUUAGAAAACCUCGAUAACAACACGAGUGAGUACAGUGGCCUCACGAGCGAUUUUGGCCGCCACCCGUCUGGCUCGAGUAGCGAGGGGUUGCCAAAUUUGCUUAAGAGAGGAAGCAGUGAAUGAGUCAUGGUAUUUUUGUAUAAUUNUUU